UGAAUUUGUAAGAUCUGAAUGAUAUGGAGUGCAGAUUACGCGAAUCAGUUGUUUUACUUCAAGACAGCAAUCAUCAAGUUUUCAAGGACACCUGUAUGGAUGGGGAAGAAUGUUCUCUGGAAAAUUGUGAGCUGAACCACAAUAACAUUUAUUACAUGCUUAAAUAUGAGCUGGAUCAUAAUGCAGAAUUAGAGAACAAAGUGUUGCAUGUUUCUGAAUCCAAGCCUGAAUCGUACGAGGGAGCAGAAAGGAACUCCAUUUCUUUUAGCCAUCCUUUGCCAAAGGAGCAGAGUUUGGAUGGAGAGCUGGUUGAUAAUAAAUAUAGUCAGGAUCAAGAGAUGAACAACGAAGCAUGUAGGGAAAAAAGCAAAAUACCUGAUUCAAUUUUUAGAGAAGGAUCACAACCAAAUUCAAAGGACAAAAAGAGCUCAAGCAUUGAAGAUGGAACGCCAAUGAGAAGUUUAGCAUCAUUGUUUGCAAGUCAGAAUACUGAAAAGCUUCCAGAUUUUGAAGACUCGAAUGUUAUAGUGGUCUCAGCAUCCAAGCAAUGUAAUGAUAACAUCUCAGUUCGCUCCAGUAGCACCAACAGCACGAAAUCUUUUGCAUUUCCUGUAUUAACCUCAGAGUGGAACGGCAGCCCUGCAAAGAUGGUGGAAGCAGGUAACAGAGAUUUAAGAAAGAGAAGAUGCUGGAGAAUGUGCUUUUGACUUCUGUAGAUUUGAUUUUUACUGAGUUAUAGCUGCUUCUGCAACUUGUCUUCAUAUCACUCUUUCUGGUGUAUCGACCAUAGAUAGACAAUACUGAGUUCCUCUUUUGGCAAUGAAAACUUUACCUUUUUAGUCAAA